AUGUCGGCAGCUCCAAGCAAUAUACCCACGGUCGACGCGACGUCGUACUCAUAUAUUUUUGAAAAGAAUGUAACUAUUCCCCUCGGAAAUGGCAACUCCGGCUCUUACAUCCGUUGCAACAUCUACCGCCCAAAGCCGUCACGGGAUAACGAAAAAUUCCCCGUUAUCGCAACAUACGGUCCAUAUGGAAAGGACGUACAUUACGCCAAGCAAGUUCCAAUCUUCCACCCACAUAGUUACGCAGAGGUCAAUCCAGAGCACAAAACAGAACAUUCAGCCUGGGAGACCCCGACUCCUCGUUACUGGACGGAACGCGGGUACGUCGUCGUCCGGGCCGAUGAGAUUGGAACCGGACAAUCUCGAGGGUUCCUUGACGCGCUCUCUGCCGCCACUAUUGAUUCCUUCUGCGCCGUUGUAGAGUGGGCUUCCGAGCAAGAAUGGAGUAAUGGCAAAGUCGGUCUCUUGGGUAUUAGCUACUUUGCGGCAACGCAGUGGCAAGUUGCUGCCCGGCGGCCAAAGGGCCUGGCUGCCAUUGUCCCGUGGGAGGGCUUUUCCGACUUUUAUCGUGAUGCCUGCCGCCACGGAGGAAUUCUGUCGAACAGCGGCCUGGAGAAGAUCUGGACUCGACAAAUUGGGUCAAAUCAGUUUGGACUGCCUGGGAGAGCAAGCCGGAAUUGGGGCGACGACACAAUUGGUGGCUCUCUGGCAGAGGAGGAAUUGCAACGAAACAGGGUAACAAUUAUCGAUACAAUAAGAGAGAACCGGUUCCGAGAUGAUUUGCGAUUUGCUUCCGUCAACUUCAACCUUGAGGAUAUUGAAGUUCCGCUGCUCAGCGUUGCUAACUGGGGAGGCAUUCUGCUGCAUCUUCGGGGAAACGUGCAAGGUUACAUGUUUGCUGGUUCGAAGUUCAAGUACCUUCGCUUUAUUGUCGGCAGGCAUGACCUUCCAUUUUACUACUCUGAAGAAGUGGAAGUACAGAGGAGCUUCCUGGAUGCGUUUCUCAAAGGUGAGGAUCGGGUGGGCUGGUCGAGAAAAGGCGCUGUUCCAGCUGUUGAUUUGGUCCUGCGGAAAGGCAAUGUCGGGUAUAAUGACCCUAAAGCAGAGCGUACAUUCUUGAGACGACAAGAGCACGAAUGGCCUAUUGCGAGAACGAAGUAUGCUAAUUUGUUUCUUGGCCCCGAUGGGCAUCUCGAUUGGAAUAAGCCAGUCUUAGAUGUCACUCGCAAGUUGGAGUACGAGGCAUUUGGGAGUGAACACAGUCGAGAACUCAUCACUUUCACAUCCUCUCCGUUUCAAUCAGAGACAGAGAUUACCGGACACAUUGUCGUUCAUCUAAACGUCUCUAUUUCUCGCCAACGCUGGCAAACUACUACACCCUCAGACAUGGAUCUGUUCCUGUCACUCCGCCACAUUUCUUCUUCUGGCGAAGAGAUAUUCUACACCGGGACGACGGGAGAGCCUGCCCCUAUUACAAAGGGAUUUCUUAGGGGCAGUUUACGCAAAGUCAACCCACAGAAUCGUCGUCACUUUUCCUGGCUGCCAUAUCGCGAGUAUCUUUCUGCCGACGCUGCUCCGAUGAUUCCAAAUGACGUUUAUGCGGUUGAUGUAGAAGUUUUGCCGACGAAUGUAGUCCUCCAAGCUGGCGAGCGGUUGGUUCUGGAUAUUGGGGCCUGCGAGUUGGCUGGUAGCGGGUUCUUUCAGCACAACGAUCCAAUUGAUAGGGCUGAAGCCGUGUUCAAGGGCAUAAACUCCGUGCAUUUUGGCCCCGGUUAUGACAACUACGUUGCCUUGCCAGUUAUUCCCAGCAACGAUUUGCUCGGCUCCUAG